CUUCUCUCCCUACUAACAGAGGAGAAGCAUCCACUGCCCCUCUUUCUUCCCCGCAAACUCCAAUUUUGAGAGCCAGCCUGGCCCCGGAAAACAGCUCAUCAAACUGUGACCAAAUCACGAAGCCAUCAUGACACCACGAUGCCAACAUGGCCAUGCCCAUGCCAUGCCAAUGGGCCCCUCAACAAUGAAAAAGUUUUCUGCGUCCCCCCUUAUGCGGAAUUUCCUGGGGGUAACAAAAACCGGCUUUGAACCAGUCGCAGCAUUCCUUCGGCGUCAGGUGCCCACCGCGGAUUACGCGAUGCCAAGCAGGAGAAGCCGCGAACGCCUUCGUUCUUUUGCAUCCAUGUCCAGCGCUUCCUGCAGCAACGCCGGCCUCCCCUUUAUUGCAGCAGAGCGGGUCUCCCGAGGUCUUGUCUGUCCGCCGCAUGAUCACCAAAAUGCCGUUAACUGCAAAGUGCGCGAAGGCGUUGCGAGGCGGAGGCGGGGACCUGGGAGUCUGGGACCAAGCCGCCCUCCCUCGUGCCUGGUUGUGGUGUCAUGGAUGCACACGCAAAGUUUUUGGCCGCAUGCGCGUGCUGUCACCGUGUGCCUGAGUAGUGUCUGAGGUGCCGGCGGACCUCGUUUGUUGGCUGUCCUCCGGAGCGGCUGUACUGUAUAUAAGGGAGUGAGGCCCGGACGGGAGGGUGGUGUUGCUAUUACACUGCACUACGGCAUACUACUACUCUUAGCCCUUUACCCCAGAUUCUCUGAGCGAG